CUGCUAAAAGUAGCUGUUUUUUUUGUUAACAGCACAGACUUUACCUUGAUAAGCUCAGUGCCAGGAUACGGAUAUGAUAUCUGCAGAUAUAUAUCAUGUCCAUAUGGUCAACUAUGCAUUAGUGGAAUCUGUAUAUCAUCUGGUGUUAGCAGUUCUUUGACUGAAAAUGAUAAUGACCAUUCCGCCUAUUAUAAUGGUGCUCCAAUAAACGGUUUUCUUCCAGAUCCGUUGAUGAUGACCUUAGGUUAUCCGACAACAAAAUGUACACAGAAUUGUAACACUGUUUACGACUGUUUGAAUAGCCAAAUUUGUGUUAAUGGCUUUUGCACUCAAAGCAAUGUAGUUUAUGGUGGGAAUCAAGCGCCGGUACCAGUCACUUCAUGUUCAGCAGGAGCAGUUUGUCCGAUCGGUCAGUACUGCAUCAACGGUUUUUGUACAUCAAAUACUCUAUGUACUUUAGUAAUUAAUUGGUACUGUUAUUAA